AUGACGCUCAUCAUAUCGUGGAUCUUCAUUCUCGGGCUGAUUGUUCCGGAUCUAUCAUCGAGUCUUCUGCACUGUCCGCACCGCUGCCACUGUGAUGAUGAAAAAUUGGACGUCAACUGUGAGGAGGGUCAUCUGGAUGUGCUGCCGAUUGCGCUCAAUCCGUCCAUCCAGCGUUUGGUGAUAAAGAACAACAAAAUACGCAUCAUCGACUCAUCCAUCCAAUUCUACUCCGAGCUAACGCUGCUUGAUCUUAGCUUCAACUAUUUGUUCAACAUUCCGGAUCGCACGUUCGGACACCAGCGAAAGCUGCAGCAGUUGCAUCUGAACCACAACAAGAUCAGCACUAUCUCGAACCGGACGUUUGUGGGAUUGGGCGAGCUGUUGGUGUUGAAUCUGCGGGGCAAUUUGAUAGAUCAGAUCGAUGCACUCACGUUCACACCGUUGGCCAAGCUGGAGGAGUUGAAUCUGGGCCAGAACCGGAUCGCUAGCGUGGGAUUGUCCGUGAGUUCGUUCGUGGGUAUUGGUGAUCUGAAGAUUCUACUGCUGGAUGAUAAUUUGCUGAGUGUGAUACCGUCGGCGGAGACAUUUAAGCCCGUGGAUAAACUGGCCGAACUGUACAUUGGUACGAACUCGUUGAUUGCCGUUGAGGAUGGUGCGUUUAAGGUGCUCUCGGAGCUGACGCUGUUGGAUCUGCGGAGUAGCCUUCUACCAAACGUGUCCGAGGGUACUUUCGGUGGGAUAGAAAAUCUAAAGUCACUCAAUCUAGCCGACAAUCGGUUCGUGCAUGUGCCAUCGUCAGCGCUUGCUGUACUGCGACGUCUAGAAGAGUUGGCGAUCGGACAGAACCACUUCGAAGCAGUACCGGCUCACGCAUUCCGUGGGCUUCCCAAUCUGAAGCGCUUCGAGCUGAAAGGAUCCCUGUACUUGCGGCGCAUCGAACGAGCUGCAUUCCAGACAAACACCAACCUGGAAUCGAUAGUGAUCGAAUCGAACAAGGCACUUACCGUGCUGGAGGAGUCAACGUUCGCCGGAUUGCUCUAUCUGAAGCACUUAAGUCUCCGCAACAACGGACUGGAGCGACUGGACGAGGGUAUGCUGUCUUGGAACAGUCUGCGCACGGUCGACAUCUCAGACAAUCCCAUCAACUGCGAUUGCUACUAUUCGAAACUGCUGCAACGACUGCAAUCGGCGGCACGUGUCAGUUACAAUGCCACCGGCUGUCCGCACCAUCUGCCGGACCAGUGGGAGUGCGAGUAUAUGCUGGAGAAGAACAAGAACCUAAUCUCGGUUGUGGUACCGCUGGUGGCGAUCGUCACAGCGAUCGCGUUGGCGUUCUACCGCUUCCGGGGACUGUUGCGAGAGUACGUGAAGAACGGUUGCAAGAGCAAGGCAGCAGCGAGUACAACUCCGGCCGGUCCGGCAGGAUUGCCCGUUCUGCCACCGAUAGGGCGUACGGAGCUAUCGACGGUGGUGGACUACGAGAAGACGCUCACCGAUGAUGACUACGUUAUUAGAUCAAGCAACCUGUACCACGGUGGCGUUGGACAACCGAUGCUGAACGGAUAUCCGCUGUAUCUUCAACAGAACCCAAGCGUAUACUACAACAAGCCACUACCAAUUACGGAGUUAUAG